CAGGCUUCAUGUUCGCUGGAUAUCCCUUUCAAGGUCAGGGUCGGGUGAACCAGCUGGGCGGGGUGUUCAUCAACGGGCGCCCGCUGCCGAACCACAUUCGGCUGAAGAUCGUGGAGCUGGCGGCGGCCGGGGUGCGUCCGUGCGUGAUUUCGCGGCAACUGCGCGUUUCGCACGGCUGCGUGUCCAAGAUCCUGAACCGCUACCAGGAGACGGGCUCGAUCCGGCCGGGUGUCAUCGGGGGCAGCAAGCCGCGCGUCGCCACCCCCGAGGUCGAGCGACGCAUCGACCAGUACAAGCGCGACGCCCCGGGCAUCUUCUCCUGGGAGAUCAGGGAGCGCCUCAUCAAGGACGACGCCGAACUCGGACACCGGCAGGACGGCGUCUGUGACAGGGUGGGCGCCCCUUCCGUCUCCUCCAUCAGCCGGGUCCUGCGAGGACGAGCCAGUGGCGCCACCAGGCCUGAUGACGACCCCAAGAAGGACCACAGCAUCGACGGAAUCCUCGGAGGUCGGGCUUUUGGCGGAGGCUCAGAUUCGGACACGGAGAGUGAGCCUGGAAUUCAACUGAAGCGAAAGACCCGUCGCAGUCGCACCACCUUCUCAGCAGAGCAACUCGAAGCUCUCGAAAGGUCCUUUGAACGAACGCAGUACCCUGACGUGUACACCAGGGAAGAACUGGCGCAGCGCACGCGAUUGACAGAAGCACGAGUGCAGGUAUGGUUCUCGAACCGACGAGCUCGGUGGCGCAAACAGGCUGGACCGGCAGGACAUCACCAUCAUCAGGCACCCUUCAGCCCGUUGCCCCUAGGUGCGUACGCGUCUCACCACCAUCAGUAUUCAGCAGUUGAAAACACAACAGCCCUUGCUGGUUCCUCAGCGCCAUGGCUACUCCCAUCUCAGACUUCAACGUCGGCACCCUUUGGCGGUGCUAAUUACCCUUCAGAUGGCUCAAAAGCGUCGUGUUUAGUGGCCGCUGCAGCAGCCGCCGCGAGUUCGGGAGGCGCUGACUACCUACCGACGGCGCCACCAGACGGUGCGGCGCCGGCUGGAUGGCCGGGUUCCAACCCUGAGCAGCAGUGGCCGGCGUACGAAAAUUACAGCACAGGGAGCACAUCGUCCGAAUCAAACUUUCUGGCCUCAGCUUCGACCUACGCAGGCGGAGGCCACGCGGGCUUUGCCGGCGGCCAGUACGUGUCACGCUCAUUCAAGCCCUUCUGAUGACGGACGAUCGCCCACUAAUUGGAUGACGCACAUCGGGGCCGCGGGGCCGCUACUCGAACCGUCCCUGCGGACGAACUGCGAAGUAGGCAACCGGCUCGUCACUCUCGCCAUGCACGGCUGCAUAACUCGCACGGCGUGUUGUAUAAAAAAAUUGAAAUCCGUCACCUGCACUUGUAAAAAUGAAUGAAUGUGA